CCACUUCCUUAUUGGGCGUGAUUGGGGUGUGGAUUGGCUGAUCACGUGACAUAGGUGUGGUUUGGACAGGUUUCCUCUUCAGAUUCCUCCUGCGUCGUGUGUGUUUCAUCAGUGUGAUUAAACUCGCAGUGAACAUGGAUCUGUCAGAAGCUUUGGAAGUUAAGGAGGAGGUGGUGAAGAAGUCGGACGGACACAAGGAUGAGUUUAGUUUUCCAUGGAGCAAAAAGAAGGACAAGGAUGGUGGCAGCAAAGGCAAAGACAAGGAUAAGUCCCACAAGUCGGACAAGUCAGAUAAGGACAAAUCGGACAAACACAAAGACGGAGGCAAGAAGAAGAAAGACAAGAAAGAGGGAAAGGAAAGGAGAGGGGGAGGCUCUUCCUCUUCAUCUUCAUCUUCCUCCAGUGAUGAGGACUGAAGGUUCCCUGUUGAUCCAUCGGCUCACCUAAUCGACUGUAAUUAUCUCUACGUCAAAAGGUUUUAUGCUUUAUCUCGUACGUUUUGUGCCGUUGUUUCCAUUGUCUCUUCAUUGUAGUCAUGGAAACACUAGAUUUGUAUCAGUGCUGUGUAGACUGAGAUAAAUAAAUAUUAUGACAACUGCAAAACGGA